UUCCACAAUAGAGCUUGAAAAUUUGCUUGUUGUUUUAGCAUUUUCAAGAUGAUGAAGACUUUAGUUUAUGUUGCGUUGUUUCUGAGCUUAGUACUGCAAACAAGUGCCGACAAAAAUCUAGUACAAAACACAUGCAAGAACACACCCAACGUCCAGCUAUGCCUCAAAACCUUACUCGCUGACCCACGCAGCGCCAACGGCGACGUCAAUACGCUGGCGCUGAUAAUUGUGGAUGCCAUCAAAGUUCAAGCAACGCAGGCGGCGGCCACCAUUUCCAAGCUCCAGCAAUCAAAUCCUCCAGCGGCCUGGAUUGUCCCUUUAAAGAAUUGUGCUUUCUCCUACAAGGUAAUCCUAACUGCGAGUGUGCCAGAAGCCACUGAAGCUUUGACAAAAGGGGAUCCAAAGUUUGCUGAGGAUGCAGUAGUUGGAUCUUCUGGUGAUGCUGAUCAAUGUGAGAAAACUUUCGGUGGUAAUAACUCACCUCUCACUGCUCUAAACACAGCCGUGCGUGAGCUUUCUGAUGUGGCCAGAGCUAUUAUCAGAACUUUACUACUUUAGUAUGUAUAUUCCCAAUCAUUCGAAUAAUGGUCAACUUGUUUGAACCAGAAAAGACUUCCAUUUUGCCCUCAAAUAUGAAUAGAAUUUUACAGAACCCCUUAUCUGAUUUAAACUGAUGACAUUUUGGGUG